AGGAGGAUUCAGAAGACUUGAUUGAUGUCCUCUUGAGGAUUCAGAAGCAAGGAGGCCUUGAGCCCCCUCUUACAAUGGGCAAUAUCAAAUCAGUUCUUCUUGAACUUCUUGUCGGGAGCACCGAUACCGUGCCUUCGGUCCUACAGUGGGCUAUGGCAGAACUGAUGAGGAACCCGGAAGCAAUGUCUAAGGCACAAUCCGAGGUAAGGAAAGCUUUCAUGGGGCAAAUGAAGGUAACUGAGGAGGGGCUCACCAAACUGAGCUAUUUGCAUUGGGUCAUCAAAGAGACCUUAAGGUUGCAUCCUCCUAGCCCAAUUUUGUUACCAAGGGAGAGCCAAGAAACCUGCCGUGUUUUGGGCUAUGAUGUUCCCAAAGGGACAAUAGUUCUCGUGAAUGCAUGGGCAAUCUCUAGAGACGCAGAGUAUUGGGACGAACCAGAAGUAUUCAAACCAGAGAGAUUUGAAACUGACAAAAGGGAUUUCAAAGGGCGUGACUUCGAGUUCACACCAUUUGGUGCUGGGCGACGAAUUUGCCCUGGUAUAGUGUUUGGGCUUGCUGCAAUUCAGCUGGCUCUUGCUAACCUUCUAUUUUAUUUUGACUGGAAUCUCUUAGAAGGCGUCAGUGAACUAGACAUGGAAGAAACUAUGGGGAUCACUGCUAAAAUGAAGACAGACAUUUGGUUGAAACCUGUUCAGCGAGUACCUUUUGUUUCAACGAGUGUUGAAUAACAAAGAUAAUGGCCAUUAAGGGCAAUGCGGAGUGUUUGGAACGAAGUCCCUUUGUGUUACCUGUGUAAUAUCGUGAUCUCGUAUGUGCUAAAUGUCAGCUCUUCGAUCAGUGUAAUAACUAUAUUGCUUUGUGAUGCGGUUUCUGGAGAAUUUGUGUACGA